AUGGAUAUUGUUAAAGCUACAGAGAGACUACUGAAACUUGCUAUCCCAAAUCAUCUUCUCUGGCUAAUAUUUUUCUACCUCUUGUUCCAUUCUUUCUUGAACUUGGUUGGUGAGCUCCUACAUUUUGCUGACCGCAAUUUUUUUAACAGCGAUUGGUGGAACGCAAAGAACAUUGAUGUGUUCUGGCGUAGUUGGAACACUCCAGUUCACCUUUGGGCUGUGCGACAUCUGUAUCUGCCAAUGGUUGGCCUGGGAUACAGCAAAAACAUGGCAAGCAUCAUGGUAUUCUUCACCAGUGCCUUUUUCCACGAGUACCUUGUCAGUGUGCCUCUUAGAACCUUCAAAAUUUGGGCAUUUUUAGGAAUGAUGGCUCAGAUUCCAUUGGCCAUCAUUUGUCGUAAGAUAGAAACCAAAUAUGGCAGUCGUUGGGGCAACAUCAUCGUCUGGUCUUCUCUGAUCGUCGGACAGCCCCUCUGCAUCAUGAUGUACUACCACGACUAUGUCAUCACACACUUUGGCAAGGCCUUGCUGGAGGCAUAUGCCCAGGUCUAACCUCUAAAAAUUAGUAGUCAUCUUAACUAGAUUUGUUAUUAGUUAACCGAGUAGCAUUCCAAAGUACUUCUGCUUCAAGUGUACUUAGUCCAUGAGAAAAAGCGGCUGUUUAACAAGCUGGUCAUAUGAGACUGAUAAACAUUCCAUGUUUUGCAAUUUUUGUAAUUUACAGAAUUUUAUAAUUGUUCUUAUAUUGAAUAGUUUAUUAUAUAUUUUUAUAUUCUAGCAUGUAGGGUUUGUCGUCUCGUUGAAGAGAUGGUGCUUGCUUAUAUUGUAUUUUACCUUAUCAGCCUUGAAAUAGUAGAGAUUGUGAAAUCUGUUAGUGUAGAAUUUAUAAUCAAAAUAAUGUUUAAUAAACAUUUUUGAAAUCUGUGAUCUACUUAAGCAGAGCCUCCAUGACUGUGGUGGAAAACUGAAACCACACAUUCCAUGACUUUCUUCUUUGCCAGAGUUUUAAAGGCAUGGGCAUUCAAGUUUCAAUCUUAAAAAACCGUUAAAAAUGUAUUUUAAAUUAACAUUUCUCUUUUGUUACAAGUGAAUAAGAAGUUUCAAAAUGCAAUUAAUAAUUACUAUAUUAAUUUCCAAUAUGAUAGUUGACAAUUUAGUUUUUUCCAUUGGAAAUAAAAUAGGCUAUAAUAAAACUGAACUCAAAAAUAGUCUAACAUAUUUUUCUAAUUAAACUUUUAAGAAAGUUAUUAGGGUGGUACUGAUUGUACCAGUAAGCAAAAAUAGCUUUUACAGAAUAAUAUGAAUAGUAAUAUGAGGUGUUGGACUAAUAUGGAGCAACGGAGUUUCCAAUUUGAUUGAUAAAUUGUAAAAUUUAUUAGAGAGCAUAUAGUGGAAAUUAUUGAAUAGUAUAUAUUAUUUUAAUAUAGUAGUUAAUAGAAAUGUUCAAAAAAUAUUUAUAAUUGCCAGUUGUUGUUAUCAUAAUAUUAUUUUUAUUUAUAUAUUAUAUUACAGUUUCAUAAAACAUAUUAUAUUUUUUUAAGUUUUUUAAUUGAUUGUUUAUCGUUUUGUAUUGUUUUUUUUAUUAGUUUUGUAAUUAUACUUAUAUAGAUCAAACAGUAAAACAUAAUACUGCUACCAUUACAUAUUGCAUGUAAAACAUGGAACUCCAUGUUUAUGUUUCUGGAGUUCCAAAGUGUUGAUUGUGUGGAAGCUGAAGCUUUUCACCAUUUUACUAAAUUAUUGUACAAUCUAACACUUAUAGAGUAUACAGUGAUAAUAAAUUGAAAUAUCAUAUUUAA